AUGACAUUUCGACAGUAACUGCUUAUCUGCUUUUAACUUAAGUAGAUUUUAGAAAUUCAAAUGUGAACGUUUUAAUUUUGAAAAUGUUGUUUAGCUGUUCUUUACUUGCAGACGACGCAACGACAUCGACGAAUAAAUAUUCUUGAAAUUCUAGAAGUUUUCUUACGUGUUUUCAUUUUGGUCUAGCUCUUUAUUUGCUAUCGUCUUGUUAAAUCGUCGAGCUCUCUUUAUAAGGCAACAGUUCAAAUGGAAGCUGCUGAAUCUCCAUCGGAAUUAAUUCGUCAGGCUAAUUCAGCUUUUGUUUCGGAAGAUUACGCCGAAGCAGCCGAGCUGUAUACCAAAGCUAUCCAGAUUGAUGAUAGCAAAUCCGAGUACUACAUGAACCGUGCCCACGCUCUUCAGAAACUUGAGCGCUACACAGAAUCCAAAGCUGAUGCUCAGAAGGCCAUCGAUCUAAAUCCAUCAGAUCCCAAAGCCUAUCUUAGAAAGGGAAUAGCUUGUUUCCAUCUGCAACAGUAUGAAGAAGCACUAGAAGCCUUCGAAGCAAGCUCAACUCAUGGGGGUAAUGAUGCCGGUAUUCGUCAAUGGCUAACAUGGACAGAAGAAAAGCUUCUUAGAAGUAAGAAAACUCCUGUUACCAUCAAGCAUGAUUGGUAUCAGACAGAAAGUCAUGUCUGUGUUACAGUUCUUGCAAAAAAUCUCAGCCCAGAUUCUGUCAGUGUACAAUUUUCCCCAUCAACAAUGAUGAUGAAAGCUAAACUACCAGAUGGAACGGAUUACGAGCUCAAUUUGAACCUAUCGUUCCCAAUCGUGCCCGAGCAAAGCUCACAUACGGUGAUGAAAACUAAAGUCGAAAUCAAAAUGAAGAAAUGCGACGGUAUUCGAUGGAGCUCGCUCGAGGGUCAAGCGCCGGUUAAUGUAAAGCAGAUUCCUGUAGCAAUCCCUGAAUUAUCUACGCAGCCACCUGUCUACCCUUCGUCAUCUGCCAAAAAGAAAAACUGGGACAAGAUAGAGUCCGAAAUAAAAAAAGAAGAGGCAGAAGAGAAACCCGAAGGUGAAGCUGCACUUAAUCAGCUCUUUCAAAAAAUCUACGGUGAGGGAUCGGAUGAAAUUCGUCGUGCAAUGAACAAGUCUUUUCAAGAGUCGGGAGGAACUGUACUCAGCACUAAUUGGAAUGAGGUGUCUAAAGAUAAGGUCACAGUCAAACCGCCUGACGGUGUUGAAUUCAAAAAAUGGGACGAGUAAACUCUGGCCAAGAUCGCCAACAAUUUUAUCGUAUUUUAAACAAAAAUGCCAUGUUUAAAUAUUUUGCCUGGUGAAUUUUGUCUCUGCGUUUGUUUCAACCAUCACAAAUUUCAAGUUUCACCCAUUGUUUCAAAAUAAAUCGUUUUGCAUCAUA